AUGACACAUUCACUGAUAAAAAUUAGUGGAGACAUCAUAUUAAUAAUAGACAAUCUACAGUUUACUUUACCAAUCAUUUCCACUAUGUUAAAAAUUGCAAUUUUUUGGUGGAAAAAAGAAGUGAGAUAUAUAACAAAUAUUACUGAUCCAGGCAGACUAUUACCACUACAAACGCAUUACAUCUAUGAUACAACUAAAAGUCCACAUUAUGAGUUAACAUUUAUUUCUCAAAAAGUAUCGUUCUCGUAG